GCCGGCUGCGCCGCCGUGGCCGGGCUGCUGCACUUCUUCCUCCUGGCAGCAUUUAGCUGGACGUGUCUGGAGGGCAUUCAGAUCCUCCUGCUGGUCCUGGUCUCUAAGGUGGACUUCAAAACCCUCUUCAUGAUGGCAGGCGGCUACGGAGUCCCGGCCGUUAUUGUUGCCGUCUCUGCGGCGGUUAAAGGCGACGGAUACGGCACCAGGAGACACUGUUGGUUAAACGUGAAUCUGAUCUGGAGUUUCUUCGGCCCCGCCGGCGUCUUCAUCACUGUAAACUUUUUGGUCUUUCUCGUCACUGUGUGGAAACUGGCACAGAAGCUGUCGACUCUCAGCCCCCAAACGGACCAUCUGCUCAAAAUCAAGUUAGUCACAAAUAACAAUUACACAAAACCCGACGCAUUUAACAAAAAAACACGUGCACCUGUCCCAACCGCUCCGGAGGACUUUUAUUUUGACAAUAUUUAUGACAUUUUCAAAAUAAAUUGAUUCAGAAAAGACACAAAUUGGUCAUUAAUAUUCCCCAGAACCGAGAAA